ACAGAUAAAUUUACUGUAACAUCUGAUACGUUAAGAAAAUUGACGAAGUAUAACGUGCGCUUCGAUUGCGAGUUUUUAUUUUUUAUUUCGAAGAAUAUAUUAUUUUUGUUUCAUUAAAUUAUUUUCUUUAAAUAUUACAAGUAAUAUAUUUGAACGCGGAUUAAAGACAGCUUUUACGAGAUUUGUAACGUUUUAUGUUUAGUAUGUCGAGCACAAGCUAGUCAAUACACAUUCCGUGUUUAACUAACGCGACGGUUUAACAAUACUUUUUAGAUGAAUUAAGUUACUCGUAAAUUCUUUUGGAAGGAUUUUUGUGGAAGGAUUUGAACAUAUUAGUAUUAGAAUAGUAAACUUUUUCAUAAUGUCUGUCGCAGAAUUUCUGAAAGGACUUCCUUCGCACGAUGAAAAUAACUUUGCGAACUUUCAUACCGACAAUGGAAAUCGUACCUGUGUUAAGAGGCCAUCGGUCUAUCUUCCAACGAAAGAUUAUCCACCUGAACAAAUUAUAGUUACAGAAAAGACAACAAUACUUCUAAGGUAUCUUCAUCAACAAUGGGAUAAAAAGGUAUCAAUCCAGAAAAAAAAAGAGAAUAUUUAUCGGGUAAUGGUGAUGAACAGGAGGAGAGUAGGGCAAUUCGCAUAAAGAGGCCACGGAUAGAUCUAAGUAAUACCCUUUAAAUGGCACCAAACAUUCUUACUUUCUAUCUAUGACAACGUAUAUUUACGGUACUUGAAAAAAAUUAUGAUAUAGAAUUAGAAAUCGUAUUGUGAAUUUUAUUUUCUAAAAAUCUUUUAUAUGAUCAAUUUACCAUAAUUUCAUUAAAAUUAUUUUUAUUUCAUAUUAAUUUGUUUAUUGGGGUCAAAAUCUUUGUAUUUUUAUUAUAUUUCUAAAUGACAUAUGUAAACGGCCAUAUUAUUUUUCGCAAUGGCUUCUACAUAAAUCCUACAUAAUCAUUAAUAUAACAUAUUUUAAAUAAUAUUUACAGUAAAAGAAAAAA